CCCAGCUCUCUUGUUUCCUCUUCUCUCCAGAUAUCCCUCGCCUUGUUUUUGGCUCAGUAUCAUGGCCAUCUGAACUAUGCAUUCUGGUAACCGAUACCUGAGGAAAUGUAACAUUAUGCAACGGUGGAAAAGGUCUGAAGCCUGUCGUGUCAUCUGAGCUGCCUCCUCUCUGGCAGACUAACCCAUUUCACACACCUGUGACUUUAGGAGAGCUGAGUGUUGCCUCCGCCCCCUGACAGGUGUAGUCAGCUGAGCGAGAUCUGCUGUGUCAUUUUUCACAGAGCUGCCAGACAAGACCCAACAGUGGAUUAAAUGAACUGUUUCCUAGGAUGAUGGAGUGGAGUCAGCCGUCACAAGCACAGCGCAAUGCUUUCAUCUGGUUCACAGAGUCGCAGCUGCGGGUUGUGAUCAGGAACGGUGUCGUCCCAGAAUGGUUUCAUGGGAUCAUUUCCAGGAAGAUUGCAGAGGAUCUGCUGAUGUCCAAGCCUCCGGGCUACUUCCUCAUCAGAGUCAGUGAGAGCCGGAUCGGCUACACUCUCUCGUACCGUGCUGGGGACCGCUGCAGACAUUUCAUGAUCGAUGUGUUGGAGGACGGCCAGUACAUCAUAGUAGGGGAGGACAGGCCUCACCGGUCUCUGCAGGACCUGGUGGACUUCCACCGUAGGACUCCCAUCAUGCCUUUCAAUGAGGUGCUGACAGUCGCUUGUGGACAGACCUCGAAUGACAAGACGGACUAUGCAGAGCUGCUGUUUCCCCAAAGACAUCAGAAUCCAAACACAAGAUGGCUGCCAAACAACCCCCUGCAUCCCAGCGUAGGUCAGCCAGCCUCACCAGAAGAUAUCCCACCUGCCCUUCCUUAUCGACCAAAUAACUUCAGGAACCCUGCAGACCUGUCUCUGAACAGACUUUACCCGAAUUUGGAAGAGGAGUUUCCUAACGUCACCUCCCCUCUCUCAACCACGCCUGUGCCCAAAAAGAGAUAUAAAGACUUCAACCUUCCACCAAACCAGCCUCCCGAGGUCCCGGCUCGGAGCUGUGUCCCUCCACUGAAGCAGAACCAGGCCUGUAUCAGAACUGUCUCUGCACCUGAGAGUGCACCCACCACCACUGCACACCCAAAGCCGUCAGUCGUCUCCAACCUGAAGAACCUCAAGAAGAAAUUCCAAAAGAAGGCCGGCACGAUGCAGGAGGCGACUGAGAAUGAUUACGAGGAGAUCGCAGGGGAUCAGACCUUCAGCGCUCCACCAUUUUUCUACAAUGUGACUGAUGGAGCAUUACCUCAGGAGUACCUCCCACCUCCACCCUUUGCUCCAGGCCACUACUGACACACUACUACUUCCUCAGAAAUAUGACGCACAGAUGGAUCCAACCUCAAGUUUGUGCAGGACAAAGGCGACAUACAAACAAAAAAAGGAGCAAUAGUUCGCACAUUGAAUAUCGAAACCUUAAAAAAGUUUAAAAAAGCGUCAUUUCAGCUUUCAAGUAAAUGCUGUUUUCACUGCCAUUUUUCAAUUUUUAUUUUUUUUUCAUUUAUUUCCUUGUUUAUUCAACAGAAACUAAACAAUUACAUAAGUAGUAAUGCAACAAAUGCACUCCUAAACACAUCUCUCUGAAGCUAAUUACUAGCCCAAUUCCCGGCUUUAAAUUCCAAUUCAAUGUUUUAUAUCCCUUUCUGUUGAUGCAUUGUAUAAAAAGUAUGAAAAAGCAGCAGGAGGAAGCUGGUAGAGCGUAUGUAAAUCAGAAAUGACAUGGUUUGCAUGAGCUGCUUUGAAUGCAGGUUUGAUACAGAUCUGUUAUCAGCAACAUGACGAUGAAGCUGGAAGAAAAUGGAGCUGCUGCUCAAACUUGUUUCACAUUUUUCCGCCAAUGUCAAACCCUUUUUAUUAUUAACAUCUGUUUUAUUUCAAAUCUAUGUAUACAACUAGAUAAUAUAUCUGUGUAAAGCAUCUGAUUUUCUGGCACAACUGAGCCAAUAAAUGACCUCUAAAAAAAUAUGUUAU